AUGUAUCACAAUAGAUUACCGUUACCUUUACUAAACUUUUUUUACCUGCAACUGUCGGUACUUAAAUUUAUUAGAUAGGUACCUGAACACAGAAUAGAAACGUGCCGGACUGGCAGUAUCAAAAACAUUUACUAUUUUUGUCAUAAACAGCUAUAAUUUUAUGGUUAUACACCUCGAAAAUAAAUUUUCUAAACAGAUGUUUCGCACAUUUUUUCAUGGGUAACGAAUAUCCAUAACUGUGCAGUAUUUUAUAGAAUUGCAUGCAAGGGUUUGACAAAGCAGGGAGAGUUCAUUCCGUGUUCUGACUUCGUUGAGUCAACAUAGUAUUUAAGGUUGUAAGCAACAUAACUGAACGGUAUUAAAAUAUGGCAAUUCCGCGUACUCGUGACGAUAUCGAACGAGAUAUAUUAGAAAUAUUCGGCGAAGAUUUUGGUCCAUCGAGUAGAAGCAGAUACGAGUCGGAGGCUGAUAUGGAGUAUUAUUCUGAAAAUGUAGCUGUAAAUUCAAAUGAAGACAAUUUUGGAGAUAAUUUAAAUGAUGAACGUGGUGAUAACCAGGCAUUCCAGUCGGAAGUGACUCCAGGUGAAGAGUGGACUCUACAUAGCAGGACGGAGAAUACCUUUGAAUAUGGUAAUAAUGGUGAUGUUUUUCUAAUUCCACCGGAUUCUUCCACUCCUUUCGAUUAUUUUAGGCUUCUUUUUUGUGACGAUAUACUUGGGGAUAUUGUAAAGGCCACAAAUGAAAGUGCUGUCGAAAUAUUAAUUCAAAGCACAUGUGUCCAUAGCCGAAUUAGUCAAUGGAAAGAAUUAGAUAUUUCCGAGUUACUAGUGUUUUUAGGCAUACUAUUUCAUAUGGGUAACAUCAAAGUUAAUAAGUAUACUGACUACUGGCGAAAACAUUAUUUAUAUAAUUUAUUUAGUCACCAAUUUAUGUCGAAAAACCGAUUUUUAUUAAUUUUUAGAUGUUUAAAAUUUGGUGACGCCAAUAUUCAUCAUCUUAUCGAUCAUUUUAAUAACAUAAUGCCAACUUUAUUUAUUCCUGGCGAAAACUUGUGUAUAGACGAGUCCAUGAUAUUACAUCGUGGUCGUAGUGGAAUACGACAAUAUAUCAAGGGCAAACGACAUAAAUAUGGCAUUAAAUUGUAUAUUUUAGCGACACCUACUGGUAUGUCACUUCAAAUACACAUGUACCAAGGUAAAAGAGACUCGCAAGUUGGGGGACCGGGUCACGUUGAUAAAGUUGUAACUAAAUUAAUGUCUAAAUACUUAAAUGCGGGCUACCAUUUAUACAUGGAUAAUUUUUACAACAGUGUGGGCCUUGCAGAAUUUUUGUUACGAAACAAAACAAAUAUGACUGGAACACUAAGGAGUAGAAGAAAAGGUAACCCGAGUAUAGUUUGUAACACCAAGUUGAAGAAAGGUGAAAGCAUUUACCGCUACAACACCCAUGGGGUUUGCGUUUGUAAGUGGCAUGACAAGCGUGAUGUUCUUACUAUCAGCACUAAGCACACGCCAGAAUUAAAAGCGAUAACCAAUAGGAGAGGCCAAACAAUUUUAAAGCCUGAAAUUGUAAUACAAUAUAAUAAUUUCAUGAACGGUGUUGAUAGACAAGAUCAAAUGCUUUCAUAUUAUACUUGCGAACACAAAACUAUGCGUUGGUAUAAAAAAGUGGGUAUACAUGUUUUCCAAAUGAUGUUGUUAAAUGCCUUCUAUUUAUAUAAAUUACACAAAAACGUUCAAAUAGAUUACUACAAAUUUAGAGAAUCUGUUAUAGAAAUACUCCUGCCGCGUCCUACACGUACGUCUAAAGUUCCCAAAAAUAAAAAAUUUCAUAUACCUACGCAUUUGCCAAGGGAUAGCAAAGGUCAUACCAAAAGGCGAAGGUGCAAAUAUUGCUGGGACACAAAACAGAAACGCCAAAAUACUUUGUUUUACUGUAAUUUUUGUGAAAAUCAGCCAAGUUUGUGUAUAGACUGCUUUAAAGAUUACCACAAAUAUUAGAUUUAUUUAUUAAAAAAAUAGGGUUUAACGUAAAUACAGGGUGUUAGGUAAAUGGGUAUAUGAGCCGACA